AUGGUCGACGAUGCGCGAAAUACCGCUUUCCAGGCUCUCAAACCUGCCUGCGUCAGACUCAACUUCCUCGUAACGAAGCCGAAUCUAACACCAAACGAGCCAGGACUGCUCUCAGCACUUGAAGAACUCUCAGAUUCACUCAGCCUUAAUUUAAGCACCACAAAUAGCUCUCUCCAGCUCAUACGCUACGUCUUCUUCCCAAUAGCUGGCCUUCUCCGCCAUAUAUCGCCCACAGAGCUCCCUGAGAAGGGAUCUGUGGCUGUUAUCAAUGCUCUCAAUUCUAUAUCCAAAGUUUGGGCCCUGGAAGGCGUGCCCACUGCUGAAUGGGAGCAGUUGUGGAUGCUGUCUGCGAUGACACUAAUCAACAGCAUAAAAGGAGGCAAGUCAGAGGUGCAACUGCUUUCAUGCGUUGAGUUGAUUCACACUCUUAGUUUAAAUCCUUCCCUCGAUCACGCCUCUCUCCUCACAACGAAGCGCAUGUCGAUAUUAGGAUCACUUAUUGCUCAAUUACUCGAUUUGGCUACAUUGCACACAUUUAUCACUCUACGCACACGCUCCUUGCAGCUAGUAGGUGUGUAUGUAGGCGAAUACGCUUUCGAUAAGCCUGACAUCAACGCUGUUUUGUUGCCGGGCACAGCGAGCUCGAUAACCAAGAUCCUAAAAGGCGAAAACCAUAUCAAUAGCGAGUUGGCAGUAGCAGCCUUGGAAACACUACGGCUGAUUGUCAUGUCGACUCUCAACGAUGAUCUAUGUGCAGCACUUCAGCCGGUGCAGAUUGCCGACUUGACUGAACUGGCAAAUCGGAUUGAUUUGGAGAGUUUGGAGGUGAGAGGUAAGGUGGAUGAAAGACAUAGGAGGGAUGAAGGGAGUAUACCAGUAGCGUCAUCUCUUUUCGCUCCACCUAGCACUACGAAGAAAGAGGAAGGGAUACGCACACCUUCUUGGCUGCAGGGCACCGUGCACCAGAUAUGUCUCGUUCUCAUCUCCACUUCGAAAGUGGUGAAGCACCAGUCCAGCAGGGUGAGGCGAGCUGUUGCAAAACUGUCAGCAGAUCUGCUCGAAUCGUGUAUCGGUACUCUCGACAACUGUCACAGACUGCUUCUAUCAAACCUUUUGAUGCUUUCUGUAGACAGCCAGGCAUCGAGUGAAGUGUCGUUGAUCGCCAAAGAAGCACUCAGUCGACUUCUGUCGUUAGAGCCGCACCGCAAGAUACUAGAAUCACUUCUGAAGCAGCACGCGCGCGAUGCGCUCAUUGCAAUCCCUUCAGCGAUCAGAUCGCGCGACAGUAGCGGCAUACAAGCAACAACGGCGCAGAUCGAAGCUGUAGCCGCUCUCACAAUGCGCACGAGCCUGAGUGGGAUUCCUAUGGAUGAUAUACUCGGUGCGCGCGGCGGAGUAGAGAAGUGGGCAUGGGGGCUAAUCGACUGCAUUCCGUUCGCGACACCGCCCAUCAGUGGGGAGAGCGUAUCAGUAAAUGCGAGCAGAAGUAUACUGUGGAGUAGCACCCCUGAUGCAGCUUUUGAAAUCGGGGUCGACGGCUCUGAUGAUCCAUGGUUCGGUUUCCCUGCUAUGCCGUUCGAGAGCGUCGAUAGUAAAGACGGGGAGUGUAUACGCAGAGCGCUGGUAGCUCUCGGAUGUGCGUUCGGGGAUAGGGCGUCUCAUUCGGUGGAAUAUUUCUUCAGCCUUGCUCAGCGUAAUCUGCAUUCUAGGGCUGCUGCGAGCGCUCUAUGGCUGUGUUGUUGCAUCUUGCAGGGGAUGGCUCGAGCGCGGUCCUCUGUCGCAAUGGCUCACAAGCUCGCCGUGAAGCUCGGCCGGAGCGUCGUUAAGUUCAGUCUCGAGGCUGAGCAAUUAGAUAGAAUGGAAGGGGAUCAUGAAGUGAGCGAGGAGGUCGUACCCCAUUCCGAUACCAAUCUCCCUUCUGAACACGUGCGCGGUCUCGAUAAGGUGGAAACGCUGGCUGAUAAUUUCAAGUACACACCGCAAUCGAACGCGAAAUUGGAGAAAAGAGUGCGGGUGACGUUGAUUACACUCAUCACUUUGCGCAUGAUCGCUACCACUAGCUAUGUUCUGGGCUAUGAAGGUAGACCCCAGCUCAACCACACACUCUACUACGUUCUGUCGCGCUUGGAUAGCCCCACUCUUACUGUCAUGGAGCAUAGCAGGAGCACGCUCGCUAGUGUCAGCUACUACUUCGGAUACGCUAGCACGAGUGGCGCGAUACUCGAUAACGCAGACUACUUGCUCAAUAGCGUUACAUCAUAUCUAAAUCCAGUCAGGCUAGAUGUCGCAGCGCCGCGCGUGUUGAUAGCUGCUAUGAGACUGGUCGGUGCAGCGCUGAUAAGCAAGUUACAGGGAGUGGUGGAGGAUAUAUUCGAGAGUUUGGACGAUUACCAUGAUAUACCUCUGCUGGGAGAGGGACUGCUUGCCGUUCUGGACACGAUUGUCAGCGUGAUGUCCGACGAUGCUGCCAUCCUGCCCAGUACGGACGAUGAGGUAGUGGGUGAACGUGAACGUGAGGUAGCAGUGGCUGAUUCUCGGCCUGAUUCUGCAGCUGAGCUGGAGGGGCUGAGUGAUUGGCUUCGCGAUCUCCACGCUGAUCCACCUGAAGAGGGUGUGGAAGACUUCGGACCGACGCCACACCAAGCUUGGGAUGAACUACGCGAACCGCACAACGUAGAUCAGGAGCAAACGCCAGAAGAUACACCCAAAGAACCACUCAAUAGAUCGCAGAGCAUUUGUCUUAAGAUUAUGUCCAAGGCUUUGCACUUCCUCACUCACCAGUCAGCUUUCUUACGCGCUAGGACUGUCAUGCUGAUGGGAAAUGCGGUAAGAGUGCUGAUGCGCUCAGGUCACCAUAGUGACGUGCUGCCUGUGGUGCACAGGGCAUGGCCGUAUAUACUCCACCGCCUCCUAUCCGAAAAAGCUGCCAAGAAAGGGGAAGAGUACGAAGAGAGUCCUCAUGUUAUAGCUACCGCUUUUGAGCUUAUAAACGUGCUAGCUGUUGAGACGGGUGCGUUCAUGAGUAUGCGCAUUGUGGAAGAAGCGUAUCCACUGAUUAGACGCACCAUCGGAUUUGAGGGGCUAAGGCGGGGGUUGAGUGGUGAUGUAAAUGGUAAUGGUAGAGAUAUCAACACAGUAAGCAACGCAAAGAGCACGGAUAAUGGAAUAGAAUAUUACCAAAACACAACCCCAGCUAAGCGCGCGCAUAAGGCUCUAGUGGACGCAAUGAGGAGUGUGGUGCAGGAGAUAGCUGUUGCGGACGAGCUGGUUUGGCAGCUCAGUGCUGACUUUACAGCCCUCUUACACCACCCCUUGCUGAAGGACGACAUUGUCUCACUGUAUGAAGCGCUCUCAGUGCGCAAUGUCGAUAUUGUUUGGCUGUGUAUGAAGGAUGUCGGGAACUCAGCAGUCGCACUGAGGUUGGAUAUCCAUGUCCCAGCCUCAGCUACACAGUCGAAGCCCGUCCCUGUGCUCGUAUGGUAUCAUGGCGGCGGCUUAUUGCAGGGCAGCAGACAGCGCUACGCGCCCCAUUUCGACAGGCUGGCGAGCGAGUUCAACACUGCGUUUAUAAGUGUGGACUACCGACUAGCGCCGCAGACGGGGUUCCACGAAAUCUUGGCUGAUGUAGGGCAGUCAGUCGCAUUCAUAAUAGAGCAGCUGCCCAGCCGCGUCGGCCACACCAUCGACGUCAGCCGGUGGGGUGUGUGUGGCUCGUCUGCCGGUGGUUGGCUGAGUUUAUUGGUGGGACUGGGCGUCGCUAAUGGAAAACAUGUGCCGAAGGUCUGCACAGCUAUAUACCCCAUCACCAACACUCUAGCGCCAUUCUGGACUACGCCACAGGGGAAGGCGGCAUGGGAGAACGAGCCUGUGCCAUUUGAUAGCGUGAAAAAGUACCUCAAUGGAGAUGCACCAGCUGUCGCAGAGAAUGCGGCGGAGUCGAGCAGAUCUAGAAUGUACGCGUGGAUGGUGCAAUCAGGCACUCUCAACCAGCUGCUCUUCGGUGAUAGUUAUAGCGCGGAAGAAGUAUCUCAAUACACUAUUACUGAUAUCCUUAAACGUAGAAAGUUGGAGGAUAUUCCACCGAUAUACAUCACUCACGGUACUGUGGACACAGCAGUGCCUUUCGCGCAGGCUGUAGAGGUGGUAGAAGCGCUGCAGAAGAAGGGUGCAAAUGUUGCGUUUGAUAUCGUCCCCGACAAGGACCACGGGUGGGAUGAAAAAGAGGAGGGUGAAACGAUGGAUAGGCUUUAUGCUUUCGUGGGAGAGCAUUUGUGA